AUGGGUUCAAGUCGCUCAGAUGGCUCUGCCACUGGCAAAGAACGUUUACGUUGGUCACAAGAACUCCAUGAUCGCUUUGUGGAGGCUGUAAAUAGGCUUGGUGGUCCUGAUAGGGCAACACCAAAAAGUAUAUUAAAGGGGAUGAAAGCAAUGGGUGUUUCAGAAUUGAAUAUUUAUCAUGUCAAAAGCCACUUGCAGAAAUACAGGAUCUCCAAAUUGAUUCCAGAGUCCACCACAAGAGGAAAGCUUGAGAGGAGAAGCAUAUCAGAUAUACUUCCGAAUUUUAGUUCUAUAUCUGCUCUUCAGCUAAAGGAAGUUCUUCAAAUGCAGAAGGAGGUGCAAAAAAGCUUGAGUGAUCAAGUAGAGGUUGAGAGAAGCAUGAAGGAAAAAAUUGAAGCACAAGGAAAUUACCUGGAUAGAAUUGGACAAAGUUACCAUUGCAGAACAAUCAUUGGAAAAGGUUGCAAACCUUUUGUUGCUGCAGCUACACCUCUACCUUCUCUUUCUGAAGAAUAUGAAUCUUUGGAAGCACAACAUGAGGAAGAACAUCAAUCAACCAAAAAACAAAGGAUCACAGAGGAGGGUGUUUUUCCAAGAAAUUUUGAACUAGUAUCAUCCACCACACCAGAAUUCUACAAUCAAACUUGGAAUCUUUCUUGGAGUCAGCUUGCAGCAGAAUGUCAAUCACCUUUAGUGCCUGGCUUCUUAUUAUAA